CACAACACUGUGGUGCUGCUGCUGCUGCGAGCCGCUCAGGAGACAAGGCUGCACUGAAAACAUUCACUCAUUGAUGGAUACUGAAAAUACCGGGUCUUCUCUCUGUGUCUCCAGUUGCAGGCACAUGCUGGCGUUAAGUACUGAGAGCAACAACAACAAGACCAGUAGCAGCAACCUCUCUGUCAUUGACAGCACUCGAAGCAGCUUCAGAGAAACCCCCUGUAGCAUCAUAAACGGCAGCAGCAAUCAUCAAACGUACUCAAAGAGGACCCCCGCUGCCGACGGGCAGCUUUUCGCGCUUCGUCACUCAAGGACGGCAGCUCUGAGAUGGGCUGCUCCUCGGGCCGCCAGCCCCCAGCCUCGGUCCUUCAUCCGGACCUGGACUGCGGCAACAGCAGCGAGGCCAACAACUUGCCCCAGGACUCUGAGAACCAGGGUUUGAACGGCUGUGGCGAAGGAGGGGAGAUGGAGGGAAGUGUCGGAAGGUGUUCGGCCAAACCUCCAGAGUCUCUCCCAACGCUGGAGAGGCUCGCCCAAGCUACAGGCGGGACAGAGAAGUCCUGGUACCGCUGCGUGUUCCCGUUCGGCGUGAUAUCUCUGGUGAUCGGCAUGGCAGGAACUGGGGUGACGUUUACCUUUAACACGUUGCUCCAGACCAAAGUAGUGUCCGUGGCGCUGCUGUGUGUCGGCGUCAUGAUGUUGCUUGUGGCAGCAGUCUGCUGGAGGGCCCACAGACUGAGGAGGAGGAAAAAGAAAGAAGGUGGAUUCUUCAUUGCUGAUCAGGGCACUUUGUGAUGGAGGGCGUUGUUCAGGCUGAUGUAUUCCAGAGGGGACAGAGCAGUCGGAGUUGGACUUUUUGAAUGAGAAGGGCAACUAAAAAAGAAAAAGACAAGAAGUUGUAGGGCCUGAACUUGAAAAGACUGAAAAAAGUUGGAUGUCAUUGUUAGUAUUUCUGCCAGGUAAACUUUGUAACACCUUAAACUUUAGAAAACCUUCCAGCAAAGGAGCCAUCAUCAUGACCAGAUACACAGGGUAGAAUACACAUUGCACACUCCAUACAAACCCCCCCCUCUCCACUCUUCUGUUCAGUCCAGUAAUGGAUCCACCUGGAUGAAAGCGGAGCCUGAAGCACAUUACAGAUCAUUGCUCCAGGGCUGGCCUCGCUGUGCUGUGGAAAUGCAUGAGAGAUAGGCACCUCAGGGAUAGCUACAGUACUUAAUACCUCUGAAUCCCUCUGCUGCAGGUUACUGGAUAAAAAGAGGUGUGAUUGUGUGGGACAGGGGAGUUAACAGUGACCAGACGAGCCUUUCUGGAUACGGUAGAGCAAGAGUAUCAAACAAGCGAUCUGAUCUGACAUAUGUGGCCAUGCGCAUCAGUUCAACCCCCACCCAUUCAAUUAGUUUACAAAGAGACAACAAUUUUUAUUAUUGGAUUACUGAACGAGAACUGCACUUGUAAACGAAGCAUGAUUUCCCCUUGCCACAACAGAGCUGCCCUUUUGGCACGUACGCUCGGUCUCCAGCGGCUCCGGUUCGGCGACUCAUUAGGUGAAAGGGCCAGGGAGUCAGUGAGGGGUCGCAUCUGAGGAAGAGGCGAGAAUUCAUCCCAAAGCACGCUCAUUAUAUGAAAUUAAACAAGCAAAAUAGCAUAGUCAGCGUGUUCCUCAUAUCUCUCUCUCUGCGUUCCAUUCUGCUGUCACCAGUCCUAAAUGCUCACUGCAAUAAAGAUUUGUUUCGGAGUUAUGACAGAUCAAUAGAAAUCACUACGCCAUAAAGUGCUAAUCUUUUUGGAGGUAAUGGUGUGGUCAAACCUGCAUUCAGUCAGCACUUUCGGACUUAUCAUAGAUCAUAAGAAAGAAGGACUUACAUUUUUUUCUCAUGACCAGCAGGGGGUACCUGAUCCUGUGACAUAAAGAAGCCCAACUGUAGGGAUAACUUCAAAGUUUAGUGUAAAACGCAUGGACAACCGUGUGAUUGAUCCAUGCAGAGGCCUUUGUUUCUCAGUCACAUGUACACCUUGCUUGUGACGUGAGACUACGCCCACUGCUUAUAUAUAGUCCAUAUUUUUACACUAUGUCAAGGAAUCGCAUUACAUGCAUAUCAUACAGACUGGUGUAUAACAGCUUCAGGCUCGCUGGCCCGAUUCCUCUAUUCCACGACUCCCGCUGAACCGAGCAAAUUCAGCGCUGCUGGGCAUUUAAGUGGUUGCGGUGAGGGGGAAAUCAAUUCUUUCCUAUAUGUACCUUCCAUUCUUACACUCUCAAAGAAAGGGGGUUAUACUGCUCUUCAUAUUAGCUACUAGAUCCCAGAGGACAGGCUUAAACAAAUUUACCUUGUUCCUCAGUGAUAAGACGAGCCGCGCGGUGGUGUAUGUCGCAAAGAACCUGUCCUGAACAUUGUUCUUUUUUUGGGGAGGGAAACAUUUUCUGCUUUGACUAGAUCACUCAUUUCGCCAAAACAAUAGCAAAAAUCCUUCUCCGUCUUAGGGCCAAGCUGUAGCAGUAAGCUGACCACAAUAGGUGUAGUAGUUCAUGGUUCUGAGCAGCAGGAAGUGUGCAGAAAACCCAGCAGCUCUGUGUCGGCUGUAGCUGUUAAUGUACUUAACUGAAAAUGAUCAUCUCCAACUUUUGCAUGGAGUUACUCGGAGCAGCUGUUGUACAAGUGCAUAUGUGUACCAUGUUGGUUGUGUGCACACUAAAGCUACAACUAAUGAUUUGUUCCCCCCCCCCCCUUCCUUGUCUGCCUCCAUCCCGCUCUGUGUCAACUGUCCGGUUUCGUGAGCUUAUUUCACAGCUGGCUUAUAAAAGCGAAGAUAAUCCUUGCUUUGUAGAAGCAUUCAGCUGUGUGCACGCAUAUCUGUUCCUAUAUCGAGUAUUCCUCUGAGUUACAUAUCAUAAAUGCUGUAGGUACUAACUGAGAGUGUAGCCUCAUUUCUGAAUGUACCUCCAACAGUGAGUGUCUUACAAAUAUCCUUGUACAGAGUGUAAAGAUUAUUUAUAUUGUUUAUGUACACUCUAUUUUGAGUAAGACAGAUUUAGAGACACAGUACAGUGCGCAUCUAUCUGAGGCACUAGCCAACAGUUGGGUUUUUUUUCUUGGUUUCAGCUGGCGGUGUGGUUGUAGUGUUUUCAGCUAUGUUGCAGUGAUUGCAAACUGUGAUUGUUUCAUCCCAAGUAACCAACCCAGACAAGGAUACAUUUAUAAUUAAAAUCAAGCACAUAAUCAGUUACAACUUUUAAGACGGAGGGGUUUUUUACGUUAUGUAAAAAGAUCUGAUUUUAAAUAAAAACGUUGUGGUUUUGGAAUGAAACUAUCCAGUUGCUUUACGUGGUUGUGGUCAAUUUGCUUUGAGUUUACUGGCAUGUCCAAGCUUUUCUCUGAGUGCCUUUUACUUGCUACAUUAAUAUUUCUAUGUAUGGUACAUUUAAUGUAAGCUGUGCAGGCCUACCGGCACCAGUAAUAUAGUAGCCGAAAACAGACACGGAAAUACGUGAAGUUUUUUUUAUCAGUCGAGUUCAGUGUGUGUGAGUGCCGUGGUGUGCAUGAAGUCAGACUUUGAUAUGGUUCCUUUAUUUAAAGCAACAGAAAUACCAAAUAUAUUUAUCAAGAAUUCAUAUUUUUUGUCCUUCUGAAAUAUGUGUACCAGUGUACAUUUUUCUUGUUUACUGUUAAGCUUCUAAAGCGCUCAAUUAAAUGCAAAGAUUGAUUUUGG